AUGCAGCUGUUCGUCAGAGGACUGGAAAAUAUUUUUACCUUGGAAGUAACUGCGGAGAGCACCGUGGGCGAUUUGAAGCAACGAAUAUGCCAAAUUUCAAACAUUGAUCCUGAGUCCCAGCUAGUUUUGUUUGAAAGCAGACCCCUGAUCAAAGAUGAUGAUAUUUUGGCGAACCUUGGAUUGGUGGCUUAUUCCACCAUAGAUGUCAGUGGAAAGUUGCUCGGCGGUAAAGUGCACGGUUCUCUAGCUCGAGCUGGCAAAGUUCGAGGACAGACUCCGAAGGUUGAAAAGAAAGAGAAAAGGAAGAAGAAGACCGGCCGAGCUAAGAGGCGAAUGCAGUACAAGAGGCGUUUCGUUAACGUCGUUGUAACAGGACCUGGAAGACGGCGCGGCCCUAACUCGAAUAUGUAG